AUGAAUGACCCCGGCCUGGACAAUGCAAUCGCCGACGAGGCGAAUGCCCUGGAUUUCUUCCACUCUGAUGGUGCGGGGCGUAGUGUCCCUGAUGCUGAGGAUGGCAAAAGCCAUCAGAUAACUGCUCAAUAUCCACACGCAGGACGGUGGUGGCUUGCGAGUACAGCAUACCCAUUGGCAGCAGGAACCUUCGGGCCCAUGGCGAGUGCCUUCAAUAUCUGCUCACUGUCGCAAAAAUGGCGCAUGGAGAUACUUCCUGGCGGCGGAGAACGAGACAUCGCGGAUCCAACAUGGGUCAUCGCGCUUAACACAGUCUCACUUGUCUGUGCAAUAAUCGCAAACUUGGCCCUUUCAUUAAACAUGGCACGGCGCAUUCGCUUUGAGGUUGCACAGCCGAUCAUCAUCAUCGGAUGGUAUAUUUCAUCCGUUUUGCUGAUCGGAAUCCUUGUCGGCUUGGGAGUCCUCAUGUACCAACCCCAGAACGCCGGGUACGUGUACACCCAGGGGUAUUUCUACGGAGCCUACGCCGCUGGGCUCUAUUUCAUCAUCUCAUCCUUGCUGGUCGUGACUGCGUACGGUGCCUAUAAGAAUCACUACAGCCGCGAGUACAAAUUGACUACCAGUCAGAGAACUCUGAUGCUCCAAACUAUCGUCUUUUGCAUCUACCUUCUGGGCGGCGCAGCAGUUUAUGCAAAAAUAGAAAAUUGGCGGUUCUUGGAUGCACUCUACUGGGCGGAUUACACAUUACUAACUAUUGGUGUGGGUAAUUUCGCACCCGUGACCCAUCUUGGCCGAGGUUUGCUCUUCCCUUAUGCGGUUGGAGGCAUUGUGAUUCUUGGUCUGAUCAUCUCCUCUAUCCGGACGCUGACGCUGGAGCACGGACGACAAAAGAUCGCGGACCUCUUAACAGCACGCGCCCACAAGUUCUUGGUGAAGGAGGCGUUCUCAAGUCACAGCCAUCUGCCUGGACUGGUACCCAACUUGCGCGUCGCUGAACCCGACGAAGACGAGCUCAGCGACCGCGAAAGACAAAAGCGAGAAUUUAUUACCAUGCGACGCGUUCGACAAUUGGCAACCGUACAGCACAAAUGGAUCUCACUCACAAUGUCCAUGAUCAUGUGGAUGGGCCUAUGGCUCAUCGGCGCGGUGGUCUUCUGGCGUUCCGAGGUGCAUCUCCAAUGGAGCUACUUUGAGGCCCUCUACUUCGCCUAUACGACCCUUCUUACUAUCGGUUACGGCGACCUCUACCCCGUCAGCAGUCUCGGCAAAUCAUUUUUCGUCUUCUGGUCCCUUCUCGCGGUGCCAACCAUCACAAUCCUGAUCUCCAAUAUUGGCGACACCCUCAUCCGUUUCGUCCGCGACAUCACCCUCUUCCUUGGUGAAAUCACCAUUCUCCCAGGUGACGUGCCUUUCCUCGACCGCAUCAAAGGCGUCUUUCACAUUUCCUGGACGGACCUGUGGCUCCAAGAAACAACAGGCGAGAAGAAAGCCACGCAAGACAUUCCAAAUGACCCAGGCGAAUACACUGAAGAGAGCGCCGUAAACGCGCGCCACACGAUCGAGGCCGAGGAACACAAGAAAGAAGAGUCUGCUCGCCGCCGCGGCGACGUCGCCGCCGAGAACGUGCACCACUACCACUACCUGCUGUUCCGGGAAGUGCGCAAGCUGAUGGAGCUCUCCGCCAAUAAUCUGUCGAAGGAGUUUGACUACCUCGAAUGGGAGUACUAUCUGGGCCUGAUCUCGGGGAAACAUAAACCGCCUACUGAGGCGAGCGCGGCCCAGACAAAGGAGGAUGUGGAGCGGGAGAAAAAGUUUCGGGAGUGGAGCUGGAUUGAUAAGAAGAAUCCGUUGCUAGGGGAUAAGAGUGAGGUUGAGUGGUUGCUCAAUGCCUUGAUGGAGGCGUUGGAGCGCGAGUUGAGGCAGUCCAGUCGGGCUUAUCAUUCUCCGGAGGGUAGUGAGGGUAGUGAUCAUUCCGAGAGUAAUGGUGUCGCUGGAAUUGGGACGGAGGAGGCUCCUGAGCCGGGCAGUGCUAGGGAGGAUUAA